AGGAAGUGAGCAGCACGAACAAACAGCACAUUUUUGUGUCAACUGUGUAGCACCAGGCCAAGAUCAAGUCCCUGAAGGACUACAUGCAGAACAUGGAGCAGAAGAAGAGACAGCUGGAGGAGAGCCAGGACGCUCUGACCCAGGCGCUCUCUAAGCUGCAGCCUCACGAGAAAAGACACGAGACGUCAGGAGAGGAGGAGGAGAAGGAGGACAUCGGCAGACACGAUGGGGACAUAAAGAAAACUCUGGAGGAGCAGCUGGAGAACCACAGAGAGGCUCACCACAAACAGCUGAGCCCACUGAGAGACCAGAUCCAAGACAAGCAGAGGAUUCUGGACCAGCUCACAGAACAGGUACUCUGCCAUUAAAAAGCGCCCAAUCAGAGCUUAGCGAG